UAAACAAAAGCCUUCAGCUGCUCAGGUGCUAUAAAGAGCAGCAGCAGUUCCACAGGUAACACACUCACAGAGGACAAGCACAGCAGCAACAGCAGCUGAACAACUCAAUAAGCAUCAUGACCUCCAGCAGCAUGAACAUGAUGAGCAGGAUCAUCUUCUACGAGGACAGAAACUUCCAGGGACGCUCCUAUGAGUGCAGCAGCGAUUGUGCCGACAUGUCCUCCUACAUGAGCAGGUGCCAUUCCUGCAGGGUGGAGAGAGGCUGCUUUGUGGUUUACGACCGCACCAACUUCACGGGUAACCAGUACUUCAUGAGGAGGGGAGAGUACGCCGACUACAUGAGCACGAUGGGAAUGAGCGACUGCAUUAGGUCCUGCCGUAUGAUCCCCAUGCACCGUGGCUCUUACAGGAUGAGGAUUUAUGAGAGAGAGAACUUUGGAGGCCAGAUGCAUGAGAUGAUGGAUGACUGUGACAACAUCAUGGACCGUUACCGCAUGUCCAACUGCAUGUCGUGUCACGUGAUGGACGGCCACUGGCUGAUGUAUGAGCAGCCCCACUACAGAGGAAAGAUGAUGUACAUGAGGCCUGGAGAGUACCGGAGCUUCAUGAACAUGGGCAUGGGCCACACGAGGUUCAUGAGCAUGAAACGCAUCAUGGACUCCUACUUUUGAAAUUGCUAUUCCAAUAAAUGGUUAAUUUGAA